AUGUCAUCACAAAGAAAAACAACGGCUCCUAGUCCCCAGCAGGCCUUAAGUGGUCAAGGGGUGCCAAGAAUCUUUGGGAAGUAUGCAAUAGUGGAGGGAUGUUGCAGAAAAAUUCAGAAUGGCCCAUCUAUGGUACAUAGACUUGGAACGCUCAAUGUUGGAUCACUGACUGGAAUCGCAGAAAUGCUCGAGAGUAGAAGAAUUGACAUCUGCUGCCUUCAGGAGAUCCGAUGGAAAUCGAAUGGUGUUUGUCAUGUCAACUCAGACAAAGAAAAAUAUAAACUAUUCUGGAAUGGUCAAAAGACGGCAAAAAUGGUGUUGGAAAUUUUGUCAGAGAAGUACUGGAUAUUAAAAGGAUUAAUUCACGUCUCAUGUGGAUCAAGCUUCGCCUAUAAAAGCAAACAAUGA